GAAACAGCACCAGGUAUGACCUCACCCCUGUCACUGCUGUCAGCGUUCAUCUCCUCAACAGCGAUGGGACCCCAAUCCCUGUGAAUGGCCCCAUCUAUGUAACAGUGCCUCUGCCCACAAACAGCAACUUGAAGCACAAUGCACACGUUCCAGCGUGGAGGUUUGACCAAAAAUUUGGGACAUGGCUGAAGAGUAGUUUGGGCAUUGUACAACAAGAGGGAAGUCAGCUGACUUGGACUUACAUUGCACCUCAGCUGGGCUACUGGGUUGCAGCUAUGUCACCUACUAUCCCAGGUCCCGUCGUAACACACGACAUUACCAGCUAUCACACAAUGUUUCUUUUGGCAAUUUUAGGAGGGAUGGCUCUCAUACUUCUAGUCUUGCUGUGUCUGCUUUUGUAUUAUUGCAGAAGGAAAUGCUUAAGACCACGUCAGCAUCAUAAGAAACUGCAACUUCCGACAGCACUGGACACUUCUAAGAAGGAUCAAGCAACCUCAAUGUCCCAUAUAAAUUUAAUAUUUUCACGUCGCGAGUCAGAAUUUCCUGGCGGGUUGUCCGUUGCUAGCAAUGGACACCCUGAAAACUCAGGUGCAAAGGAAUUAAUCAGUGCUGUCCACAUGGAGAUGGUAUCACCCAGUGGAGAAGCAGAUAUGCAUACACCUAUGCUCAAACACUCAUUCAGUACUUCCCAGGAGUUUAGCUCUCGAGAGGAACUGCUCUCUGACAAGGAGAAAGACAAGAGCAGAAUUUCCUUGGGUGACCUGACUCCCAGCAGGUCUCUAAGAAAAGAUUACCAUAAAUCAGCAGAUAGUUUUCCUUUAAAAACAAGAAAAUCUACAGAAACAGCUGAAGGCUAUGAGUCCCCUAUCAAAGAUGAAUAUAGGAGAAGUUAUAAUGCUAUGCUGUCUCAGCCUUUAUUUGAAAAGCAAGAGAGAGAAAGUCAAGUAUCCAUGAACCAUAUUGCUACUGGAAGUAAAUACAAUAUUCAGGAACAAAUAUACCCCACACCUUCAGCCCCUGAAAAAGAGCUGCUUGACUGCAGACCUAGUGAUUGUAUGAUGUCUCGUUCAGUUGAUCACCUUGAAAGACCUACAUCUUUCCCUCGACCAGGUCAGUUGAUCUGCUGCAAUUCUGUUGACCAAGUCAAUGACAGUGUUUACAGAAAAGUUCUGCCUGCGUUGGUCAUCCCGGGUCAUUACAUGAAAUUGCCAGGAGAACACCCUUUUGUUAGCCAGCCCCUGGUUGUCCCGGCUGACCAGCAGAUUGAUAUAGAAAGACUUCAGGCUGAGCUUCCUAAUCCUCACGCGCGGCUUUUUCCACACCCUCCACAACAGCUGCAACCCCAACAGUUGGCGUCCCAAGCAAUAUCUCAGCAACAUUUGCAAGAUGCAGGUGCAGCUGAGUGGAGUCAACAAAACGCUUCCAUGUCUGAAUCUAUUUCCAUUCCUGCCUCACUGAACGAUGCCUCCCUGGCUCAAAUGAACAGCGAAGUGCAGCUUCUUACAGAAAAGGCUUUGAUGGAACUAGGAGGUGGAAAGCCGUUGCCUCACCCUCGAGCGUGGUUUGUUUCUCUAGAUGGGCGUUCAAAUGCUCAUGUUAGACAUUCAUACAUCGAUCUCCAAAGAGCUGGUAGGAAUGGGAGUAACGACGCCAGUUUGGACUCUGGUGUUGACAUGAAUGAACCAAAAUCGGCCCGAAAGGGAAGAGGAGAUCAUCUGUCUGUGCCGCAGAGUCACCCACCCAUGCAAGAACACCAGCAGAGAGAGCGGAAGGUUUCCGAUAGCACAGCUUACACGCAGCUUGUGUACUUGGAUGAUAUGGACCAAAGUGGCAGCGAGUGUGGAACAGCAGUUUGUAGCCCUGAGGACAAUGCUCUACGCUGCCUGCUAGAAGGCACUAGUAAGAGAAGUGGCGUGCAGCUGCCCAGCCUGCAGGAGGAAACGAGAACUGUGGAUAUGAAACCAGAGCCAUUAACUAGUCCUGAACACGGAACAUCAGUUCAAGAUGAUGAGGAGGAUGAGGAAGAUGACCAAGGUGAAGAUAAGAAGAGUCCUUGGCAGAAACGAGAGGAAAGACCACUAAUGACUUUCAAUCUAAAGUGAGCUAUUGUGAAAAUCCACCAUUCAGUGGAGUAUAAAAUUGCCAAAUAUUCUUUCUGUGGAAGUGCUUGAUUUUUU